AUGGCUCUAAAUUUUUAUGCACUAACCAUUGAUUCAUCACUUGAGGUGUCAAUUCAUUUACAAACCACUUUUGAAAAUGCUGAUUGCUACAUUCUAAUUUCGAAACGAGAAUAUGAAGGAUUUGAACUCUUUCAAAAUUUGUCAUAUUUGGUUUGUGUUCAAGGACAUUUGAUUAAAGACAGUCCAUCAACUCAAAAUCUUAAAUGCAGCUAUGCGUGUCUUACCUUCAACAAGGCUUGUUUUUGCAUUGAAAAUUUUAAUUGGACAUUUCUUGACAGUUUAUUAUACACAAAUUAUUCAUGUUCUGAUAUUUCAUGUGACAAAAAUACUGUGGUACCAAAUGCAUCUUCUCCACUUUGUUACAAUGAAGACUCUGUGGUAUUUAAUGUUUCUGAGUGGUAUUAUAGCAACUUCACAGAAAAUUUUCUUCAAGUUUUACCCCAAAAAUCUAUCUAUGUAUUUGAUGAAUUAUCUUUGUUACUUCUUGGUGAUUCAAACAGUAUCUAUAAUUAUAACUAUGGAGAUAACUUUUCUGUUGUUCAAAGAAGCACAUAUUCUAGUCAUGUGUUUACAUAUCCUGGGCAAUAUAACAUUAAAAUUUCUGUAAAUAGUUCUAUGUUUGCUAAUUUUACAGUUAAUACCUAUGUUUAUGUUCAAAUUCCUUUGGGAGAAGUACAUUUAGAUUCAUGCAGUCAAGAAUUGUUGAUUCUUGAUGAAAGUUACAAUCAACAGUUUAGUUGCUAUGCACGAGUAGAGAGUGGAAUCGGAAUGGUUUUUGAAUGGUUUUUUAAUGAAGAAGAAAAUGUUGUAUAUAAAGUUGCAUCUUCCCAGGUUUUGUUGAAAAGUUCUCCUUGCUUCUAUAAUUGUGGAAAUAAUACAUCUAGCAUAUUAGAAUUGAUGUCUCCAAUUUUAUCAGCUGCUGGUGUGUACUUGUUUUCUCAAACCGUUUUUAAUUACGAUAGUUACAUAAUUGGUAUUGAGUUAUAUUCAAUUAAGAAUAGUUCAUUGAUUCUACAGGUAUAUCAAAACAACUCCCAGGUUUAUAUUGUUACUCAAAGUUUUAAUUUAAGUUUAACGCAUGGUUACAAUGUUAUAAAGCUUAAGAGUCAAAUGGUCAUUUUAAAAAACUCUUUGAUUGGCUUUUGGACGACUGACAUUCAGGCUCUUCAACUAAUUAAUUCCGAGAGCGAUUCAAUUUUUUUUUUUAAUGUGGGUGCCUAUGAUAAUCUAUUAACAGUAACUUACAAACUUGAAAAUUUUACAUUUCAAGCAAGAAUUUUUGUUUCAACUUUAUCAUAUGUCUAUGUUGAUUACCAAUUCAAACUUGCAGGCUAUCAUAGUAUAUACUUUUUUGUGUCAGACAUGUUUGGAAAUUCAAAGUUUUCGAAUCAACAAACUGUGGCAGUCAAAUCUCAUCAUGUUUCAAUACUCACUGCUAACAGUACAAAGUAUGCUGUUGCUACCAAAGAAUAUUUUUUGUGCAUUACUAUUGAAAAUGUAGCAAUGUCUGACAUAAUAUGGUCAUCUAAAAAUACUUCUGUUAUGCUGUUAUUAAAUGGUACCAAUCAACAGUUUUACAGUCUUUCUCAAUUUGGAAAAAAUGCUUCUUAUUUAAUAAAUGAUUGUCACACAGUUUAUUUUUUAUAUUAUGGGAUAUAUUUUAUUGAUAUUGUUGCAAAAGUAAACAAUAUUAUAAUGUCGACAGUCACAAUAAAUGUAUUUGUUUACCCCCCAAUAACUGGAUUGAGUUUUACAUAUUGGCCUAAGAAUACAACAAUUUAUCAGUUACAACCUGUUAUUUUUAAAGGUUUUGUUGACCCUUAUGCAUAUCCUUACUAUUUUAACUGUAAUUUAGGUAAUAAUAUUGUAAGCAAUCUGUCUUAUGCUCAGUUUACAGAGUUAGAUAAUAUAUAUUCAAACAUUUAUGUAGAAUCUGGUAUCUACAAUAUCACAGUUACUGCAAUAUAUGACAUUGUUUUUGAAACCUACAAUACUUAUGUAAUAGUUGAAGCAGGAUAUUGGAUACAGGGACCGACUAAAAUGUUUGUUGGUAACCUGUAUCAAUUCAUUAUUGAAGCAAAUUCAGUUGUUAAAAUGAAUUGGAAUUUUACAAGUUGGGUGUUUUUCUGGUUUUUUAAUAACAAUAGUACCUAUAUGUAUAGAGGAGUAAAUUUUAUUGAAAAUAGGUUUAAUUUUAGUGGUCAGUAUAAUAUUUCUUGCAAAGUUUCUACUAGUGUUGGAUAUUUUACUUUAUAUUUAAUUUCAGAAGUAUAUGAGCAUAUUAAAGGGCUCAAAAUAAAUAUUCAACCAAAUUCUAAAUGUUUUUCCAACUUCGUAAUCAGAGUUUUCACUGUGCAUAAUGAAGGGGGGGACUUGGAUUACAUAUGGAUGUCUGAUGAAUUUAAAAUACUGGAUACUAAUGGUUCAGUUGCAUCGUUGUAUAGCAAUAAGACGGGAAAUUUUACUAUCAUUGUUUUUGCUACUAAUGGUUAUUCGAAUGGUUCUGCAUCAUUGACUAUUGCAGUUGUAGAUACACUAAGUGUUUUUGUUGUUUUCCCUUUGACACAGGUGGUUCUAACAGAUCAGGAGGCUGCAUUUAAUUUAUCUUCUAAAGGUGGCUCUAAUAUAACCUAUUUAUUUGAUUUUGAUAAUAAAAGUUAUUCAGUUAAUACAAAUGAAAUAUACUGGAAAUUUAGUUCUGCAGGCCAACAUAAAGUUGUUGUGUCAGUGUUAAUAGAUGGAUUAAAAUCUGUUUGCUAUGAAUAUUCAACUGUUCCUUGUAAUGCAACUGUGAUGGUUAAUGUUUUAGACAGCAUUCAAGAACUCCGAAUUUUUUACAAUACAACCAGUUUUAUCCAAAAGGAGAUAUCUGGUAGUUUUAAUACCUUUUCUAAUUCUUCAAUAUUGAUUCGAUUAAUCAGCUACAGUGGAACAGAUGUUAACUUAACUCUGGAUUUAAAUGGAACAUAUAUAAAUGACAUUAAUAAAACAUUGGACAAUGGAAAUACAAUUAGUGAUGUCUUUUUAUACUUUACAAAAGCUGGUAUAUAUUCAUGUAUUGUUGUUGCCUUUAAUCAAGUUAGUGUGGUGCAAAAAACGUUUUAUAUCCAUGUUUAUGAUAUAAUAAAAGAGCUAUCUUUAAAAACAACUAACUAUGUUGAAGUGAAUGCAGAAGCAGCUUUUGAAUGUUUUAUUACAGGUGGUACAGAUGUUGUGUAUGAAUGGAAUUUUGGUGAUGAAAAUGGUAGCAUUUUUGUAAACUCUUCUAAAAUUCAACAUAUAUACACGAAGUCUGGAUCAUACAAUGUAUCUCUUAUUGGUUUCAAUCCAGUUAGUCAACUUUCGACUAGCAUUAUUGUUCAAGCCAUUAACCAAUUAAUAAAUUUUUCUGUGUCUUGUGGGAACACUGACAUAAAAACGAAUAUAAAUCAUACGAUUGCUCUAUCUUUUAGCAAUGGAGACUAUGUUAAUAUUUCAGUUAGAGAAUUUAAUUUUGAAUAUUUACUUAUUGAAAAUGCAAAAGCUCCUUUUUAUACCAAUCUUGUUAUACAGUUUAAUAACUCUGGACAACAUUUGAUAAGAGUUAUGGCAUCUAAUCCAUUGGGAAACCAAUUUUUACAAACUUGUAACUUGGUUGCAAACGACCCAUUGGUUAAUGCAAGUAUCAAUAUAAAUCCUGUUACUAUGGAUAUCAGUUUUGGCACUAUAGUUUAUACUAAUCAAAUAGUAAAUAUUACAAUCACUAUUAUAAGUGGGACAAAUGUUCAGGGAAAAUUAGACAUAGUUACUCAAAAUAAACUAAUUAUAGCAAGUUACUCUGUUACAUUUAGCUUUUGUGAAUCCCAACCUUGUAAUUCUGAUGCAUUGCAGCACACUUUUUUUAAAUCAGAUCAAUAUUAUUUGGUUUGUUUACUAAAUAAUACAGUGAGCUUUCUUCAACUAGAAAGAAAAAAUGUGUUUGUUAUUGAAACAAAAAAUAGCACUUUGAAUAACAUAAUGUUGUUUGUAAAUUCAGCUGUGUUGGGAAACCCAAGCAAUAUUUAUGUGAUUUUUAAAAUAAACUUUACAUUCAUUGAGUGCAAUUUAGUCUUAGAUGCAAAUAAAAUGGCAAUCAUAAAAGAACCAGUUGUAUAUAGUUAUUUUUUUACAAGUGUUGGGGACUUUAAUGUGUCAAUUAACUGCUUGAGUAAUUAUGGAUAUUUGGAAUCAUGGAGUUUAGCACAUGUUCAAGUAGAGAUUCAAAUUGAAAGUAUUGUUAAACCUUCUAGUUGCAUUUUAUAUGGAGACAGUUUUAAAAUAUUAUUUAUUUUGCGUGAUGUAAACAUGAUGCUUCAUAUAGGUGCUUCUGUUGUAACGAACUUAUCUGUUCUCUCUCCAUCAGUGGAUGUUAGUGGAAGAAAUUUUUCAAUUAUCUUUUUGCUUUCUGACUAUAAAACAACUGGGGUUAACUUCUAUACCAUAUCUCUUUUUAAUUUUGUAAGCAAACAUGAGUCAAAUAUAGAUGUAUGUAUAAUAGAAGCAGUUGGUGGAGUAUUGUCACAGUCAUCAGUUUUGUGGAGUGUUGGAUCUCAAGUCAUUUUUAAAUUUUCAAUUCUUCCAAGUAAUAUUACAAGAUUUUUUGGAAAUAUUUCUUUUGGAGAUGGUUCAAAAGUGUCUAUUGUUGGUUCAGAUAAUAUUAUUGAGAUAGCCCACAAUUAUACUGCUGUUGGUGUUUAUAACUACUCAUUUGUUAUAUAUAAUGAAGUUUCAGAAAAAGUAUACUUUGGUUCUAUUGAGGUUGUGACUUUACUUAAUUCUGUUUCAAUGAUACAUGAAAAUAAUUUAAUGUGGCCUGAUCAAAAUGUAACCUUUACUCUCUUGUUUCAUUCAGAAAUUAUGAGUAACUUUCAAAUUUAUGUCCAAGUCUAUAAUAAUGACAGUUUCAUAAAUUUAGAAUGGAUUCCUAUUGGUUUUAGCAAUUUAAUAGAUGGAAUGGUCAAUGUUACAACACAUCAAUACUCAAAACCAGGUUGUUUUUUUGUGUCUAUAUUUGUUAAGGGUGCGUUAAACAUGAUUGUUUUGAGAAGCACUGUUGUUAUCAACAAUGUCAAAUUCUUGGGUGUUACACUAAGUGUUGCUGGGCUUUCAUUAAAUGCUUAUGAGAAUUUUUCCUUUCGUAAUGAUUAUCCAUUACAAGUUGAUGUUGUUAAUGGAUCAUCAGGUGGCUGUUGCUUGUAUAUUUGGUUUGUUUUUGAUAAAAAUGACAUUGAAAUUGCUGCUGGUAAUUCCUCACAAUCUUUUUUCUGCAUUCAUUCUCUUCUUGGUUUGACAGGUAAAUUCAAACUUAAUGUUCUUACGCUAUUGGACACAAGUUUAUAUAACGUUUCAAAUGUGUGGUUUGCCCUAUUUAAAGCCUUUCCCAAAAUGUUUUUAUCAUCACCUUAUAAAACAUCUCUUUCAAAUUUAUCUUUCGUUCUCCUGACAAAUGAUAUUAAUUUUGACUUUCCAGCUUUAAAUAUUAACUUUGGUGAUAACAGUAAAGUAAAAGUUGUACCAACAUUUUCUAUACUCACUAAUUUGUCAAUUUUAAGCAAUGAAGACCGUGACAACUUCAUUGAUGCAAAAACCAUUUACUUCUUUGAGUUUAAUCAUUCUUAUGAAAAGCUUGGUUUGUUCGCUGUAAAUUGUUUUAGUGAAAAUGAAGUUUCUACUUUAAAUAUUUCAAUUAAAAUAUUUGUUUCUGAGAUUGAUUUUCCAACGCCAUCAAUAAAUAUUAUACAACCUAGUGGUGGAGCAUAUAUAUUUUCUUAUAAUGAUUACAUCUUUAUCCCAGCAAAUGUAGACUCAGUAUACUAUACAAAGAUUUUCUUCCAAUGGAAGAUAUUUCAUAGCAGUACAUGGGAAGAGAUUAAUAAGGUUUCAUCGAAUGGAAAAACAGCACUUGGCUUGAAUGUUGAUUUGUCGCAACCUAAUUUAAACUUGGAGCCAAAAACUCUCCUUGGUGGUGUGUAUAUUGUUCAGGUAAUAAUUACACUUGAUGUUAUUGGUCUAAGCAACAGUGCAGAAAUAUUUAUUCAUAUUAUUGAAGAUGCAUUGCAAGUAUCUAUUGUUGGUGGUUCUUAUCGAGAGUUGCAGUGGAAUGAAUCUGUUAUAUUAGAUGCAAGCGGUUCUAAAGACCCUAAUGAAGCUGAUGGAUCUUAUAAUUUAGAAUUUUUGUGGUUUUGUGAGCUUUUUAAUAAAAAUAUUUCAGUGGGUUGUUUUGGCAAUAAAAUUGGUUCAUUAGAUUAUUUUGGUGAUGUUUGGUAUAUUCCAAAGAAAGUUUUAAUGGAAGGUAUGUUAUAUAAAUUCAAAGUAAGUGUUUCAAAUACUGAAAAAGAAAGAACAGCUGAAGCAACACAAUUUAUUAGUUUACUUGAUAAAGAUAUUCCUAUUGUUUCUAUUGGGUGUCAAUCAAAUUGUCAGGAAUUAGUAAACCCAUCAAUAAGGCUAAUACUAAUUAUAUUAUGUUCUUCAUGUGAAUUUGAUGACUUAAUUUAUAAAUGGAGCGAUAUAUCUGAUAAUCCCACACUUAAUUUUCAAAAAGAUGUGCUCACACAUGAUAAUUCUUCACUUUUUGUAGUCAAACCUGACUCAUUGACUAGUGGAAAAUUUUAUAAAAUAGCUUUAGAUGUUACAAAAAAGUCAGGUUUAACUUCCCAUUCUGAGUAUCACUUUCUGGUAAAUAAUGUUCCUUUGGGUGGCAUGUGCUCUAUAUAUCCUUUGAAUGGCACUUCAAUGACUACUGUUUUUAAUGUUUCAUGUUUCAAAUGGAUAUCAAAUCAGAAUUCUGUAUAUUACAGAAUCCUAUUAAGUACAAAAUCUUUUAACGGUGCUUUUACAAAACAGUUGCUCUCUUAUGGUUCUAAAGAAAGUCAUGAAAUAAUUUUAUCUAGUGGAAAUGAAGUAGAUGAUUAUUUUGUAAACAUUACUGUUGAAGUAGAAGAUUUUUUUCAUUCAGUUACAACUUUUGAACUACAAGCCCAGGUUUUUCCUUUAAAUUCAUCAAACAAUAAUGUUGUUCAAAACUGGUUGCUUAAUGUGGUAUCUGGCGAAAAUAAUUUGUUUAAAAAACUUUCGCUAGAUGGAAAUAGUCAGCUGUUGAGUCAACUUAUAAUCUCAGUUUGUCUGACAUUAAAUAAUGGGUAUAUAACAGAUGGCAAUAAAACCCAGUUGUUAGAUCAAAAAGAAGUCAAAACCUCUAUGAUAGAGUAUUUAUCAAAAGCAAAUAUCGCCAAUUCUGAUGAUUUAAAACAAACUUCUGAUGCACUUGUUUCUCUACUUGAAAUACCUGAAGAUGUUUCACUACCUUCACAGGUUUAUGCUGUUAACAUUUUGUUGAAACUUGGAGAUUUUCUUAAAAGUAAUCAAGCUCUUAAUAACAGUUCUAAUCUUGAAAAUACUGUGUCUGUUUUGAGUAACUUAGUAAUUGCUUGUGGAAAUGCAAUAAAUGUUGGCACUCAGUCUAAUUCUACAAAUGGAACAAACUUGCAAAAUGAUAAUCAUUUUAAAACUAUAACAGAUGUUGGUCUUAAUGUAAUUGAUCAAGUUGUUACAGCAUUUACAUUAGCUAUGGUAGUUGGUGAACCAUCUCUUCGUAUAGAAAGUAAAAACAUGGCAUUUGAAUUAGCUAAAAAAAUGUCAUACGAUUUUCCUAUGGAAAUAGUUACUUUAGGAGGUGGUUCAUUUCAAAUAUCUGAUCAAAUUUUGAGUUUUGAAAAUCAGAAUAUCAGUAUGGUUGUCAAGAUGCUGACCUUGUUAAAAAAUCCUUUCAUUUUUAAUCCUUCAGCAAGUGGCAUCAGUGCAGCAAUAUCUGGGCUAACAAUCAUAAAACAAAUCCCUUCAGCAUUGAAUAAUAGAUCAGUAGUAGAUGGUCUGCGUAAAAAUCUGGAUAUAUUUAUUAAUCAAACAGUUCCUAUAUCAAAGGUUGUCAUAGACAGUGCAUUAUUUAUGUACAAUAAAAUCAUUAUAUAUCAACUUAACAUUAGUAACAUAACACCAGGUGUUUCUUUUUUAUGUAUACUUGAUACACCAAACAAUGAAGCUUUCAAAAUCCUUUUCAAAAAAGAUGGAUGGCCAACUGAAGAAAAAUAUGAUGAUGUAGCUUUUUACAAUACCACAAAGAGUUAUGCUAUUUUUAAGACAGAAUACAAUAUUACCUCAUAUUACAUUGGAAUAAUGACUAAAAAUCAAUCAGAUGCAUUGAAAUAUGAAUUCAAAGUUGGUUUAGAAGUAUUGACUAUUGGAUGUCUUUUUUGGGAUGAGGUUGCAAAUAUAUGGAGUAACAAAGGUUGUCAGGUUGGAAAAUUGACAAAUCAAUUUCAAACUCAUUGUCAAUGUGAUCAUCUCACAUGGUUUGGAAGCAGCAGCUUUUUUGUGUCUCCAAGAGAACUAAAUAUUAAACAAGAAAUAAUGGCUUUAACUAAUGUAGAAAAUUAUCCAGCACUUUUGGCAACCAUAUGCACUUUAUAUGGAAUUUUUAUUUUAGCUAUAGUUUGGGCUAGAAGAAGAGACCAACGUGAUCUAUUAGAGAGAGAUCCAGUAAUUCUUGCAUCAUCUUUUGGAAAAUCGAUUUAUCACAUAGCAUUAUAUACUGGUCAUAGAUUUGGUUCAGGAACAACAGCUACCCCAUCUAUUAUAAUAUCUGGAAUAUUAGGUGAUUCUCCUCCUAUCCAGCUAAGAAGUGAUUGUAGAAAGUUAUUUAAAAGAGGAAAUGUGGACACAUUUUUAUAUGCCACUGAAUUAGAUAUUGGGGAAUUAAAAUAUUGUACAGUUUGGCAUGAUGAUAGUGGGAAAAAUCCAUCGUGGUUUCUUAGUCGCAUUGUAAUAACAUCCUUUUCAGAAAAUCAAAAACAGUAUAUAUUUUUUUGUAAUAACUGGCUGUCUCUGAAAUUUUCAGAUUGUUCUAUUAUUCGUACUUUACCUGUUGCUUUAAAAGAAGAGCAGAAGAUGUUUGAGAAUAUUUUUUUGGCAAAAACAGCACGUGAACUUACCGAUGGUCAUCUAUGGUUUAGCAUUUUUUAUAUGCCUCCUCGAAGUAACUUUACACGAAUUGAACGCUUGUCGUGUUGCUUGAGCUUGCUUUUAGCAACAAUGCUGUCUAAUGCUAUGUUUUUCCAAACCAAUGAUUUAAUAAAAUCAGGUACUGAAGUUGGCUUUGGUAAUUUUACAACAACUUGGAGACAUAUAAUGGUAGGAUUAGAAUCAAGUCUUAUUGUGUUUCCGAUAAAUUUAUUGUUAGUUUUUUUGUUUCGAUAUGGUAAACCUAAUUCACUAGAGUGCUCAAAAAAACAAGUCAAAGGAAAAAAUUCAGUUGUUACCAAUACAAACUCAGUUUUGAAUGUACUUGGUGCAAAAAAUUCCAACUUGGUUCCAAUAAAUCACAAUUUAACACAAAAUCCCAACUCACUUUCAAUAAACUAUGACUGUGCACAAAAUUCCAGCUAUGUUUUAAGAGACUACGAUACUUUACAAAAUGCUGAACUGUCCACUAAUUUUAAACAAAAUACCAUCUCAGUUUCAAAAGAAGUUAAACAAAAUCUUGAUUCUGUUUUAGAAUCUAUUGGUACCAUACAAAAUGUUAAUUCAGUUUUUGAACCUAGCAUUUUUAAUGUAAUAAAUAAAGAAUAUCAUGAUUUACACAAAGUAAAUUUAUCAGUUAAGGAGUCUUAUUUAUCUUUUGAAGACAAUAAUAGUUUAUUUAGUUUGGUCAACAAUUCAGACGACAAUAGUUUAUUUAGUUUGGUUAACAACUCAGUUGUUAAUGAAUUAAACAGUUUAGACACAUUAAGUCUCUGUUUAGAUAAAAAUAGUAAAUCUAGUUUUAAAAUGCGUGAGUAUUUAUCAGCUGUAGAUUUAUCAACUCAUGCUUUUGAUGAGUGUUCAAAUAAAGUUAUGCAAUUAAAGAAACCUGAAAUUAAAAAUGAAAACAAGCAAAAAUAUUUUCUUUCGGGCAACGAAUGUUUCCAGACUUCUAAAGAAGUUUAUAAAACAAAUGAACCUAAUAAUGAUGAAUUUUUGUUUGACUCUAUUUAUGAAUAUGAAGGUAAAAUUUCUGAUAAACAAAAGAAUGUCAUUCAUUUUUUUGAUAAGUUAAAAUUUUUAACUGCAUUAGAUAAGAGUGGACCCAAUUUGUUGAACUGUACUGCUUGGUUUCUGUGUUUCGCAAUUUGUUUUAUUUCAACAUUUUUUACAUUACUAUAUGGAUUGAGCUUUGGUCGAAUUGGUCAAGAAAGAUGGUUGUUUUCUUUUUUUACAUCAGUAUUUUCUGAUAUUUUUCUCAAUCAGCCAUUGAAGUUAAUUGUUAUCGCUGCACUGGUCACCUUUGUAGUCAAAGAGUUUAAGGAUGAAUACAUAAUUAUGGAAAUUGAAAACUUUCGUAAACAUGGAAUUCACAAUUUAGUUUUCUCAUUAAGAAUGGAUUCUUUUUCUAAAGUUAAUGUACCUGUACCUCCAACGGAUUCCUACAUAACACAAACCAGAUUGAAUCAUAUCAAGGAAGCCAAAAUGAUAAAGCUCCUUAUAGAAAUAGUUGCUUUUGUAAUAUAUGUUGGACUGUGUCUGUUGAUAGUUUAUGGGCGUAGAGAUCCUCAGGCUUACUAUAUGACUAAAGAUCUAGAAACAAUUUUUGAUAAAAGUAAAUUUGACAAGAUUGAUUCAAUUACGGAGUUCUGGGUAUGGGCUUGCAAUACUUUUGCUCGUGGUUUGUAUGGAGAAAAAGAAGGUUUUAUUUUAAACAAAGUAACUUGGCUAAUGGGUUCAGCUCGGAUUCAUCAGCUACCUACAUGCUUGGAUACUGUUCGUUCCUAUUUUAAAGAUUUAAGGUGCAGUUACCCUUAUACUAGUGAAUUUGAAGAUAAGACUCCGCAGUAUUGUGAAGGCUGGAAACAAUGCCUUCAAAAUAAAUCAGCUUACUAUCCAAAUUAUUGGCAAUACCAUAAUUAUGCAAAGCUUGGUAGUUAUAAAACGUCAGGUCGUUUUGCUACCUAUUCCAACGGAGGAUACUUUGUUGUAAUUCAAAACAGUAGUUAUGUAGCAUCUAAUGUUUUUAGCUACCUUCGCAAUAACACUUGGCUUGAUGAAUUGACCCGAGCCGCAAUUGUUCAAUUUACGGUAUAUAACACUCAGGAAAACUUUUAUGUAAUAGUAGAAAUGAUAUUUGAAUUGACCACCACGGGUGGAGUUUUUACGUCGUCUAACUUUCAAGCAACUCGUCUAGAUAAUUAUACGUCUGGAUUUUUUGUUUUUAUAGGAGCAUGUGAAUUUUUGUUUGUGAUUUUUACGAUUAGUUAUUUGUGUAUAGAAAUAAAGAAGAUAACUAUAUUAAAAUGGGUUUAUUUUAAAGAUUGGAGAAAUUGGCUUGACCUAUCUUGCUUUAGCUUGGUAUUCUUAGCAGUGGUUUUUUAUAUAAUCCGAUACAUUCUAGUUAACGAGGCAAAAAAGCAAUACUUUGAAUAUAUAGAGAUUUACGUAAACUUUAGUGAUGCUGCUUAUUAUGAUGCAAUUUACGGAAACGUGAUUGCCACCGUUUCUAGCGUCAUUGUACUGAAAUUUCUAAAAUUGCUACGUUUCAAUAAAAGAAUGUCGUUAUUAAUACGAACUCUGUGGUAUGCAAGUAAACCGUUACUCUAUUUUUCUAUACCUUUUUCAAUAUUUUUUUUCGCUAACUUACAGUUUUCUUAUUUGAUCUUUGUUACUAAGUUGAAAACAUUCUCUUCGUUGUUAAGCUCGUGUUUUUCAUUGAUAAAUAUCAUCUUGGGAAAUUUUCGAUUUCGAACAGUUGUUAAUGCUGAAUAUAUUUAUGGCCCAAUAUUUAUUGUGUCUUAUGCAUUUGUUGUGUUCUUUAUAUUAAUAAAAGUAUUUAUAUCAAUUAUCCUUGAUGCAUUCUCGUCUGUUCAGAAAGAGUUGCGUGAGAAAGAAAACAAAUACGAUUUGUUGGAGUUUGUUUCCCGCCGAAUUCGUAACUUUUUACCUUGCAUUGAAGGCAAUGCAAGCUGUAAAACCUCUAAAAAUGUCAUUAGCGCAGCCUCUAAAUUAGAAACAGUUACUGCACAAUUUGAUACAUUCACUUGUAACAUGAAAAAUACUUCGGUUAACUAUUCAAGUGAUCCAAAAGUCUUGGAAAACACCAUAAAAGACUAUAAAAUAGUUGUAAAACCGCAAACACAUAAAAACUUAAAUUUUGAUGACACAUCCUUCAGCACAAUUUCAAUAUCUUUUUCUGGAGAGUUGAGUUUUAAUAAAAAAAGUGAUAAGUUUUUAAACACUUUAGAAAAUCUCCUCGAGUAUAUCAAUUAUAUGCUUUAUGAAGAAGAACUUGAAAGCGAAAUAUAUGAAAGUCUAAUUAAUUUUUAUAAAAAAAGAAAGGAAAUAGUAACACCGGUUAUACUAACCUGAUAAAUGCAUAUAAAUUAGUUAAUCGAAGAUGUCUAAGAGUCUUUCUUAUAUAUAUAGUCUGGAUUACAUAGGACGAGUUUCGAGUUGAAAUUGUAUUCAAAAAAGGUUCGUGACACGCAGUUUGCUAGAUGUUGCUGGGUUUUUUUUUAUUUAUUUGUAUUGCAAUUAAUAUCAACUAAAAUUUUUAUUGCGAA